AACGUUGCGGUAAUCCGGUUCAGACGUGACAAGUGCGGCCGACUGGAUCUGAACUCAGUCCUAAUUUUAAUGCCCCGUAGACUCUAAAAACUAGCGGUACACUCUCCACCACCGAGCCGGACCCGUGUGGAUAACCGCCAUGGUGGACUAAUAUGUCCGCGAGCUUUGGCACAGGGGGAGAAUUGUUCCUUUGUAAGCUAGUUUUGGUCCGUCCGUUAGUAACCGUUGGUGAUGUUGCACGAGUCAGUCCGUUCGUAGCCUUUGGGGAUGUUGCACGGGGCUGGAUGAGCUAGUAACCAGUCGACGAGCCUUUCCGCUGAGGCCGGAGGAACCAAAAGGGAGACCCAGAUGAGACUGCGGAAAGCCUCCCGAAGCUCCUGGUAGUACACCGGGUUCUUGGAUACAGUUAGCCGGGGCCCUAAAAAACUGUCUCACCAAUUCCUGUUGAGUGAGACCCAAUCAGCUUUCACGGUGGAAACGAGAAGGAGAGCAAAGAUGAAUGCUGUGCGGGGCGGGACGGUCACCUGGCGUCCCCAGCCGUGGCAGGACGGAGACGGGGGAGGAGGGGAGCCUCUCUCGGACAGCGACUCCGAGGAGGAGGACUUCCCUGAUGACAGCACCACACCUCUGGGAGACUACAUCACACACGGAUUGAAGCAGCUCCUGGAUGCUCAGCAGCUGUGUGAUGUUACUCUUCUUGUGGAGGGAAAGAAGUUCAUGUGUCACAGAGUCCUCCUAGCAGCCGUGAGCCCCUACUUUCGGGCCAUGUUCACCAGCCCCCUGGUCGAGUCCCGCCUCACCGAGAUCCGACUGGAGGAAGUGACGCCGUCUGUCAUGGAGACCGUCAUCCAGUUUGUGUACACCGGUGAGGCGGGGCUCUCUCUGGACACCGCCGAGGAUCUGUUUGUGGCCGCCAACCGGCUUCAGGUCAUGCCCCUUCAAGACCUGUGCUCCAGGUUUCUAUUUGAGCACCUCUCGGUGGAUAACUGCCUGGGGAUGUACUCUCUGGCUCGCUCUCACCACGACCAGCUGCUGCUGCGGGCCUCUUUGCGGCUGGUGGCCCAGCACUUCCCCCGGGUGGCCCGGCAGAAGGACUUCCUCCUGCUCGACCACGGCACCUUGGGCAGCCUCCUGAGCUCCGACCGCCUUGGCGUGGACUCCGAAGCGGAGGUGUACGACGCGGCACGCCGCUGGGCGGAGCACCAGCCCUUGGACCGCUACGCCCACAUGCCGGCGCUGCUCCACCACCUGCGGCCGGGGCUGCUGUCCCAAGAAGAGAGCCGCAGGCUCUGCCAGGAGUUGGGGCCCGCCGCGGCCGGCGAGGGCCUCGGGGGCCCUCUGAGACCACGGGAGGGCAUGUUUGAGAAGAAGAUUGUCUGUGUGGACCUGACGCCUCGGGAAGAGGAUAAUUUAGCCGCGAGAGACUACACGGUGGACUGCUUUGACCCUCGGACAGGGAAGUGGGAGAAGUUGGCGGCGCUGGGUUCACUGGUCAGUCCCGGCUGCACGGCUGUAGGUGACCGGCUGUUUGUGGCGGGCGGGAUCCUGCGGACAGGCUCCGUGUCUGCAGCCGUGCAUGAAUAUGACGCGGUGUUGGACCGCUGGAUAGAGAGGCCUUCCAUGGUCCAACCGCGGGCUAUGCUUGGCCUGCUGGGCUGUGGAGACUCGGUCUUUGCCUUGGGGGGUAGUAACCGCUCCGCUCUGCUGGACUCCAGUGAGACCCUGGAGCUUGCGACACUUCAGUGGGCUCCGGGGCCUCGGUUACCGCUCCCUCUACGCGCCUUUGCCUGCGCGGCACUACGCGGACGACUUUACCUUCUGGGGGGAACCACACUCGAACAGAACCGGGCCGUGGUCCACUCGGGGGUGCUUAUUUAUCACACCCUAACAGACUGCUGGACACGAGUGGCUCUGGACUCCGGCGCCACCUGCCUCGCCGGAGGGGUAGCGGUGCGUGGAGGAGUGUGCGCCAUCGGGGGAUACAUGAGGGAUACGACCAAGUUCCUGGACGGGAACUACACCAAUCUGGAGACUUUAGACGCCACUGGGCGUGUGCUGUUUUUCAGAGAGGGCCGGGGGUCUGGGGUAGAGAGGGAGGUGACUGGGGGAGGGGUGAUGGUCACCGCGGACCAGCGGGGCGGGGCAGGCGGCGGGAGCGACCGUGCCCCGAGCCCCGUGGUGUUUCCCGGGCUGCCACGGCGGAUAGCGGCCGGGGGCGUGGCCAGGUGGAAACGCAGGAUUUACGUGCUGGGCGGGGAGAAUGGCACGCGGUUCUACGACAGCGUGUACUGUUGGAAGCCCGGCUGGCGCAGCUGGGUCCAGAGACGGGAGAAACUCCCCGGAGACACUGGAGGGGUGAGCCAGUUCGGGUGCACCACUUUAAAGUUCCCCAAGAAACACAUCCUGUCCAGACUGAGACUAGCCAAAGAAAACUGCAAGAAGGCAGCUGACUAGCUUGAUAGGGACCAGUACGACCGAAGGGUUUGAAGUAGCUCCUCAUUGACCAUUUUAUACAGUCUGAGUGCAGCCCAGAGAACACCUGUAAUGGACUGGAUGCAGGCAGAUCGUAUAAAAUGUGUUGUGGAAAGUCGGAUGUACAGGCGGAGAGCAAAGGGAGCCAGAAACUGGUUGGAAGCCAGGAAACAUGCACCUGAAUAUCACCCAAUUUACUAUUUGUGAGAACAGUAAAGUCAUUUGAGAGGGAACAAAAGGGCCUUUUUUUAAUUAAUUGUUUUCUUAAAGUGUAAUAUUAUUUUCAGCUGGCGUAAUUUUUUUUAAGGCUGUUAAAAAAAACCUGUUUCAAUGCUGUGAAUUUUUCAGCAGCGUUUAGUUUAGACACAAGGAUACCGGCACAUCUCCGACCGCUCUAUGUUCCACUUUAUUUACCUUCCUUCUUCUUUAACGUGGGCCUGUAAAGCCUUCUGGAACUGCACUUAAGGGCUUUAGAAAUAAACAGUGAAGACGUUGUUCGGUCUUUGACUCGUGACUUGAAAGCCCUGUAUUGUCCUCGUCUCAUUGGAGGACAUCGGUCAAAGGUUCAUCCCUCACAAACAUCAGGAUCUUCCGGUCACUGGUCCCAAACACGGCAGAACGUAGACCAGAUGUGUCUUUUUUUACUUAAACCGUGCUCAUGUUCGGUGUUCUUAAAUGCCUCAAACAUGUGGAACAUAGCAGUGGGAGAAAUGUGCAAAUACAGCUGGAACACGCACAAAAAUCUAAAAGCCAGAACAUCUUCCACAUUAAUAUAUAUGACAAUGUGUGCUUUAUGUUGAUGACGGUACCCAUGGCCUCCUUGUGUCUAAACUACCGCACCUUUCCUAAACCUUCAGCUGUCUUUACGUGACUCAGCAGCCGUGUCAACAUGACACUUUCUUUCUUUCGGUUGCUGCGGCGGCCACAGGACCUGUGAAUGUGUUCUGCAUGGAGGUUAUGGAAUAUCUGAAGACAUUAGCACUGCACCUAAUUUAUUGAAAUGUUUAAAUGUUUUUUGUUGUUGUUUUAUUUUGAAAUGGUAACUUUUUGCUCUGACUUUCACUCUGAGCUUAGACAGACCCGUCAAACAGGAGCAGAUGUGUUUGGAUCUGAACGUUUUUUAAAGUAACUUAAUUCUUAAAUUCUAAUUUUAUGGUAUGAAAGGUUACCCACAAAUGUAAGCACAUUGUUUUGCUGUAAGCCGCUAUGUUUUCUUCUGUUUUCCUCUCUUAUUUAUUCACAUUGAUCAGAUCCAGACACUUCUGGGGGGGGAGACAUCGCCAGCUGUGUCUGAAAAUGGCAGAAUUCUACCAGUGUUGUCAUCAGAUUGCACACUACAAAACAGCUGGAAAAUAUGUGGAUACUUUGGGAUUUUUGCCAUGAUGGAGGCCCUCUAACUCGUGAAACGGAGAGCUUAAAAGUCAGAAAAAAGAUUUCUAUGACAUUGAAAUGAAUGGGUUUCUAUUGCUAAAAUACAGCAGGAAAUAAUUUUUUUGUUAAUUUGGAAUUUUCUCACCAUCUUAACGAUCAAUAUUUGCAUCACUGCAGGCUAGAUAUGACUUUAGAUUAGUUAACAUUGAUACAGUUUAGAUACUGUGAGUACGACAUUAACCUAAUGCAAGAGCAUGAAGAUGGAUUCAGGAUGUGGCAAAAUAUGAUUUAUUUUUCCAAUCUCGUACACCUGGGAUAAGACAAAGUGUGACUCUGUACAGGAUCCUAGUCCUGCAAAGUGGAUUUAUUUAAGUUUACUGAAGUCUGGAACGUAGGAAUUUAAACCUGCUAAAAAGCAAUAAUUUGGUGAGAAAGAGUUUAUUUUCCCAUAACGAAAUUGUAAAACAAGACCAUUGAAUCCAAGUUCAUGUAGCUCCUCAAAGCUUUGUGGUCCGGUUUGUCUCAUAACUCUGGAUUAUUCUGAAUCAACAAACCAAUAGCAUCAAAAGAACAUUUCAUCAUUUUCCGUUACUUGACAACAGAAGUGUGGAACUCCCCUAAUUUCUCAGCUAACAGCAGAUGUUUAACACCACAGCCGAGUUAUUUCUAGUGAGAACUCCCACAGCUGUUUCUUAUCAGAUCUCUAAUGUUUUACUUUAUUUCAGUAGGUUGUUCACUAAACUCAAAAAUGAUAUCAUUCUUUUCUGUUUCUUCUCAUUUUGGUUGGUGAAGAGAUGUGAGCUUCAGUUUGUGUUUGAAGAAAGAAAUUCACAUCACACUGCAGGGCUCGACAGUGAGGGAUGCAAGAAGAUGUCACAUUUGUGAAGUUUUGGGAGUUGAAGUACCCCGUUAUCUCUGUGCUGGACGUCAAAUGAUCCUGCAAAGCAUCUACAACAUACACAUGACAUGUCUACAUGUCACAUUUUCAUUAUUAAGCCAACGUAUAAUGGCACAGUAUCUUCAUUACUGGGAUUAUUUUCUGUUUCGGCAACCACUUUUUAACCCUCCUGUUGUGUUCGGGUCAAAUCACCAUUUGUAACACCCAUGGUGUUCCCGGAAACACUAUGUCCAUUCAUCAGAUGGAAAACAGCCCCAUACACACCCACACCUGUUCACAGGCCCAUAUAUAAAGUUGUAGACAUUUCAAACUUCAAACAAAAGAAUCCGGUGUUUGUUAUGGGAACCCAUCCCCCCCACGUGAACCACACCUUCCAGACUAAACAAUGUUUCAUAUGUUCUCGCUUUCCCCCUAUAGAAACCUUUAUCUGUGCCUUGCUCUCAUUUUACUCUGUGAGCACAAUGAGUAGGCCACUGAUGAGGGGAUUUUCUGUCAGAGAGGCUCUGGACCUCAUUUUUGAACCAGAUGAAGAGGAGAUUGAACCGGAGAUAGAGGAAGGUGUCUCAGAAAUUGAAGACAACAUUGAUCCUGAUUUCGAUCCAGACUAUUAUGAGACUGACCAGUCAACAAGUGGCACCAGAGAAACAGGCACCUGAGGUGACAUUCCAGUCCAAGGGUGGCAACUUGCUCUGGUAUUCAUCCUCCCAGGACAGAGGAGGAAGAGCGAGAGUUGAAAACAUAAGGAUGACGCCAGGGCCAACACGAUAUGCAACAUCUCAUGUGGAUGACAUCAAGUCCAGCUUCCAACUCUUUUUACCAGAGUCCAUUGAGGGUAUUAUACUGGACAUGACAAACCUGGAGGGGAGGCGUGUGUUUGGGAACAAGUGAAGAGCAUUGGACCAGGUAGACCUCCAAGCCUACAUGGGUCUGUUGAUUCUAGCAGGAGUAUAUCGGUCAAACAAUGAGGCUAGAAAAAGUCUGUGAUGCAGAGUCCGGGAGGCCGAUAUUCCGGUCAACGCUGUCCUUGCAACAGUUUCAUUUAAUUUAGUGAUACAUUUUCAGUGUCUAUUCUUUGUAUAUUCACAGCAGUUGUUCAUGUAAACCACUAGUCUGAGACAUUGUUUACAGCUUAAAAAGGUGUUAAAUAAAAUUUGGUGAUGAUUAA